GCAGGCGGCGCCGUGGGGAUCCCGGGGCGGCAGAGGGCCCCUGACUCGGCUCCGCGCGGCGACAUGGACCGGAUGGCCAGUUCCAUGAAGCAGGUACCCAACCCUCUGCCAAAGGUGCUGAGCCGGCGUGGGGUCGGCGCGGGGAUGGAGGCGGCAGAGCGGGAGAGCUUCGAGCGGACUCAGACUGUCAGCAUCAAUAAGGCCAUUAAUACGCAGGAAGUGGCCGUAAAGGAAAAACACGCCAGAACAUGCAUACUGGGCACCCACCAUGAGAAGGGGGCACAGACCUUUUGGUCUGUUGUCAACCGGCUGCCCCUCUCCAGCAACGCUGUGCUCUGCUGGAAGUUCUGCCACGUGUUCCACAAACUCCUCCGGGAUGGACACCCAAAUGUCCUGAAGGACUCCCUGAGAUACAAAAACGAACUGAGUGACAUGAGCAGGAUGUGGGGCCACCUGAGCGAGGGCUACGGGCAGCUCUGCAGCACCUACCUCACCCUGCUGAGGACGAAGAUGGAAUACCACACCAAAAAUCCCAGGUUCCCAGGCAACCUCCAGAUGAGUGACCGGCAGCUGGACGAGGCUGGAGAGAGUGAUGUGAACAACUUUUUCCAGCUGACAGUGGAGAUGUUCGACUACCUGGAGUGUGAACUUAACCUCUUCCAGACUGUGUUCAACUCUCUGGACAUGUCCCGCUCCGUGUCGGUGACGACAGCCGGGCAGUGCCGCCUGGCCCCGCUGAUCCAGGUCAUCUUGGACUGCAGCCACCUCUAUGAUUACACCGUCAAGCUCCUCUUCAAACUCCACUCCUGUCUCCCAGCCGACACCCUGCAAGGCCACCGAGACCGCUUCAUGGAGCAGUUCACAAAGUUGAAAGAUCUGUUCUACCGCUCCAGCAACCUUCAGUACUUCAAGCGGCUCAUUCAGAUCCCUCAGCUGCCAGAGAACCCGCCCAACUUCCUCCGAGCCUCCGCCCUGUCGGAGCACAUCAGCCCCGUGGUGGUGAUCCCCGCCGAGGCCUCGUCCCCCGACAGUGAGCCGGUCUCAGAGAAGGAUGACCUCAUGGACAUGGACGCCUCCCAGCAGAAUUCGUUCGACAGCAAGUUCGACGACAUCUUCGGCAGCUCCUCCAGCAGCGAUCCCUUCAAUUUCAACAGUCAGAACGGCGUGAACAAGGAUGAGAAGGACCACUUAAUUGAUCAGCUCUACAAGGAGAUCAGUGGGCUGAAAGCACAGCUGGAAAACAUGAAGACGGAGAGCCAGCGGGCGGUGCUGCAGCUGAAGGGCCGCGUCAGCGAGCUGGAAGCCGAGCUGGCGGAGCAGCAGCACCUGCGGCAGCAGGCGGCCGACGAGAGCGAGUUCCUCCGGGCGGAGCUGGACGAGCUCAAGAAGAAGCGGGAGGACACGGAGAAGGCUCAGCGGAGCCUGACGGAGAUAGAGAGGAAAGCCCAGGCCAACGAGCAGCGCUACAGCAGGCUGAAGGAGAAGUACAGUGAGCUGGUGCAGAACCACGCUGACCUGCUGCGGAAGAAUGCAGAGGUGACCAAACAGGUGUCAGUGGCCAGACAAGCCCAGGUGGAUCUGGAACGAGAGAAAAAAGAGCUAGAGGAUUCCUUCCAGCGCAUCAGUGACCAGGCCCAGCGGAAGACUCAAGAACAGACAGAAGUACUAGAGAGCUUGAAGCAGGAACUUGCCACCAGCAAACAGGAGCUCCAGAUUGUCCAAGGCAGCCUGGAGACGUCUGCCCAGUCAGAAGCCAAAUGGACCGCGCAGAUCGCCGAACUCGAGAAGGAGCGGGGCAGCCUGGUGAACGCCGUGGCUCGCCAGGAGGAGCAGUUGUCUGCUCUUCAGGAGCAGCUGGAAUACACCCAGCUCAAACUGUCCAGCACUCAGGAAUCUAUAUGCCAGCUCGCGAAGGACCAGCGAAAAAUACUCCUGGCGGAGUCACGGAGGGCUGCGGAGCAGGUGGUGCAGGAGGCGCUGAGGCAGUUCGAGGAGCCCACUCUCUUCAGCUGCGCUGGAUCCGCAGAUCACCUACUCUGCAAGGUCAGGUCCGUUUCCAGCUGCAUUGAGCAACUGGAACAAUGCUGGAGCCAGUAUCUGGCCUGCCCAGAAGAUAUCAGUGGGCUCCUCCACGCCGUCACCCUCCUGGCCCACUUGACCAGUGACACCAUUGUUCACGGCAGCACCACCUGCCUCAGGGCCCCGCCGGAGCCUGCCGACUCAUUGACCGAGGCCUGUAAGCAGUACGGCAGGGAGACCCUCAUCUAUCUGGGCUUCCUGGAGGAAGAAGGAAUCCUCGAGAAGGCCGACAGCACCGCCGUGAGGAGCUGCCUCACCAGGAUCACAGCCAUUGGCGAGGAGCUCCUGCCCAGAGGCCUGGACAUCAAACAGGAGGAACUGGGGGACCUGGUGGACAAGGAGCUGGCUGCCACUUCUGCUGCCAUUGAAACCGCCACGGCCAGAAUCGAGGAGAUGCUCAGCAAAUCCCGAGCUGGAGACACAGGAGUCAAACUGGAGGUGAACGAAAGGAUCCUCGGUUCCUGUACCAGCCUCAUGCAGGCUAUUCAGGUCCUGAUCGUGGCCUCGAAGGAGCUCCAGAGAGAGAUUGUGGAGAGUGGCCGGGGUACAGCAUCCCCUAAAGAGUUUUAUGCCAAGAAUUCUCGAUGGACGGAAGGACUUAUCUCAGCCUCCAAAGCCGUGGGCUGGGGAGCCACUGUCAUGGUGGAUGCAGCCGAUCUGGUGGUCCAAGGCAGAGGGAAAUUCGAGGAGCUGAUGGUGUGUUCACGUGAAAUUGCCGCCAGCACAGCCCAGCUGGUGGCCGCCUCCAAGGUGAAAGCUGAUAAGGACAGCCCGAACCUGGCCCAGCUGCAGCAGGCCUCUCGGGGUGUGAACCAGGCCACCGCCGCAGUUGUGGCCUCAACUGUUUCUGGAAAAUUACAGAUCGAAGACACAGACAGCAUGGACUUCUCGAGCAUGACGCUGACCCAGAUAAAACGCCAGGAGAUGGAUUCUCAGGUUCGGGUGCUAGAGCUAGAAAACGAACUGCAGAAGGAGCGUCAAAAACUGGGAGAGCUUCGGAAAAAGCACUACGAGCUCGCUGGGGUCGCCGAGGGCUGGGAGGAAGGAACAGAAGCAUCACCACCUACGCUGCAAGAAGCAGUCACAGAGAAAGAAUAGAGCCACAGCGACGCCGCACACGUCAGAGUUCUUUUCCGUUUCAUCAUUUGCACAAACUUGUGAGCAUUGGAGGGCUGGUGGAUUCCAAACCAGGACAUGACCCUGAGUCUGCACAGAGGUGGAAGAACGGCAGGAGUGUCCUGGCUGAGAAUGUCAAGGCAGUGCUCCCCCUCUUUUGGCAGUUCCAUGGAUUCCCACUGCUUCUUAUGGUGGUUGGUUGGUGGUGUUUUUUUUUUUUCGGUUGGUUGGUUUUUGUUUUUUUGUUUUUUUUCCACAUUUCACUCGUAUAGCCAACUCUCCCAGGGGAAUACCCCUGAAGCCCUGAGCUGUCAGGGGCCCCUGACCACAGCAGUGCACAGCGAUGGUGCUGCCCAGGCUUCGCCGUGGUGCUCCCCGUCGGCUCCCACGCUGAGCAUCCUGCUGAGCGAGUGUGGGUCCACCGAGGCCACUCCCCGGGGUCGGGCGGGCCACAGCUCUCCUCCAAAGGCAGAAGGAGAGCGAGUGCCUUUCCUUCCUAACGCUGGAGCCCAGCUGAAAGCCUCCGCUCCCCUUCACAAGUGAGGGGCUGCAGAGAGGAAGAGGAAGGGCGCGUGCAGCCCAGGUCUUCAGGAGACCACCUCUCCCGGGAAUUCCUUGUGACCCUGGCUGCAGAAGCGUGCCACCUGCUGGAACAGAGCUGGUGAGAGUAGCCACGCCUCUUCCUCCAGAAGGACUCUUCCAUGCCACGUCAAGUUGGCACUCCCUUCAGACCCAGGCAGGGCCCUAAGAGGAGCACGUGACAGGUUUCCAAAUCCUUUCUCCAGAUGCCCAUCUUGGCAUCUUCUUGAAUCCGAAGAAGAGAGUCCCAUGUCCUACCUAAUCCACAGACCCAGAAGAUCAGGCAGACUUGCUCCCGGCAGGAGAGAACCCUGGGCUUGGUUUGGUACCUUGAAUAUUUAUUACUAACCUCCAUUCAGCAGCAGCCGACAAAGAGACGCUUGGAGCAAUCGGGAUUUCAGGUGCUGCUCUGGCAAGCCUUGUGUCGCUGCCCGAGUACAUCCGUCUUCAAGAAUCGGAAACGAGGCCAAGAUGCCAUCCCGAUCUGUUUACCGGUGUGGAUCUCGAAGCCAGAACGUUCCUCAGACAGAGCAUCCGAGUCAGGGAGAACGAGAGAGGGGGACCACUGGCUCUGCCCUCUUCCAGCUGCACGUCCCGGGCCCUCGAUGCCCUGUGGACAGGAUGAGGACAGAGGAGGCAGGGACAGUGUCUGGAGACAGGCAGCCGGCCAGCCCGUCCUCACCUCCAGGCGGACCCAGCAUUUAAGUGCCCUUCCGAUCUUGGACGCACAACGUCUUCCUUCCUUAUCUGUAGCAGCUCCUAGGUAGUAGCAGACUAGCACUUCCCAGGACCUGUCCCCAAGGAACAUGGCUGAGGGUUGCUACGUGACAGGUCGUGAGACUCCUGUUUGAUCACUGUGAAUCACAACUCCCCUCCUUCCUAAAUCCACCCCCCAACUCCCUCUCUGUGCAUUUUCUAAGGAACACCCCGCCCCCCCAAUCUGCUCCAUUAGUUCAGAUCACGAGACUCCGAGUGUGAUCUCCAUACUGGGCCAGAGAGACGACAGGGAUAGAAACUGACCGGUCUUAAUGUUUAAUACUUGUUUGUGCUCAGCGUUUUUGCAUCCAAGGCUCAGAGGGAUAGUGUGUAGUAGCAUCCUGGCCCCGUUGUGCCGAUUAAGCCAGUUGGCUUGCUCUCGGCAUGGGUGAACAUUUCCAAAGGUGGCUGGUCCUCACUUCCAGAAUCUCAGCCAUUCAGACCUCUGUGCUCCCAAAUUACCGGGGGGUGGGGUGGGGGGUGGAAUCUACUCUGUCGGACCAGUUCAGAGUGAACACUCCCUGUACAAAGAAACCACGGUAUUUUGAAAACCUUCCCUGGCUUACUUGGAGUAAUAAAACGAUUAAGAAGGCACUUCCACAGGAGCAUAGGCUGAUUCAGUCUCACACAAGGAAACAGAUGUCAGAAUUAGUAUAAUUAACUGCCAGAAUCAUGUAAAAGCUCGUCCAUUCUCCAGCCACAAGCAACAUGUCCCACCUCGGCUCUUCUAAAAAUGAGUGUGUUAUCCUGGGUGUGAAAUACCUUCUUGAUUAAAACCAGAAUCACAUCCCAAGGCCAAAAAUGAACCUCACAGCCUUUGAAAUUAGUCACUGCACAUCACUGGUGAGUGCAAUCUCAUGGGUCAGUGCCAGUGAGUCGUACAUAGCAAGGCAGGACAACAAAAUGAUGGCUUGGGGUUGAUGAGAGGUCGAAAUACAGCCGUAUCCAUUAUUUUUAUUGUGUCAUACAGAGUCUGAUAACCUCUAGAGUAGGAUAUGAAUAUAUAUAUAUAUAUAGUAAGGGGACACAAAAUAGGAAGACCUGCCUCUAUGGGGUUAUGUAUAUCUGAGCAAGGAGUUUAAAUGAGACUCUAAUUUAGACUCUUGGUGAUCCUGCUGCCUAUAGCAGGACCCCUAGGAUUCCACCUGAAUUUGAGCCCUUAACCCAGUGGCUGGAAGACCCAAAUGUUCGGAGCAUCCUUUCUUGGUCAGACGGCAGGGUUUACACCAGGUACCAUGGGGGGUUGAGUGCAUGGCAUUCAGUCUGGGUGAUUUGCUUCAGCCUCUCACCAAGGAGCUGUCCGGCCAGCUUCCUAGUCUAGCAGGGUCUCCUGGCUCCACUUAGCCCUGGUUGUUAUUAAGUGGCAAAGUUCUUGCUACCUUCUAUCACCUCUCCAAAUCUCUGGAAAUCCCGCCAACGAAAGCCUUCCGUCCUAGCAUUGGCCUCGCACCCAGUCCGGCUUGGACCUCUCUGCCAUCCUUGGUCCUUCAGAGACCACACUGCCUGUCACGUAGAAAACCACCACCUCGGGCCUGCCAGCCAUCCACACAGCGAACUGGGCCAGCUCUCUGCUGCUCUAGUCUCCCAGGUCCAGACCAAAUACAGUGAAAACUCAGCCUCUCGCCCCAGGAGCCAAAGCAACGUGAAACAAUUGGUCAAACAUCGUUGGGUCCGAUUCUGAGAGUAGGUGAUUUCCAGACAUGUCUUUCAGGUGCCCCUCAACUACCUCAGGUUUGAAGGCCCUAAAUUAAGCUGAUAACUACUCAUAGGGACAAACCGAGGGGGUUCAGAUAAAUCUUGGUGAUGACACAGGUGUCUCAAACUUACAGCAAACUUCCACUUUUAGGUUUGCAGGGAUGGGAUCGGGUUUGUUUUUCUUCUGUUUUAACCUUUUCCCCCAAUUUGCCAUUAGAAUAGUUUCUAUAAAUGGGUUUCAUUUUUCACUGAGUGCCUACCUUCCCAGGGCAGGUAGCCACUGGCUUUGUUCCUUCCAACAGUACUUUUAUUAUGGUAUUAAGACUUUCCUUUGUAUAAUACAUUGCAUCUGUGUUUUCAAUUUUUCAAUAAAUAUUUCAACCUGGCAAUGGA